AUGGAGCAGUUGCUGCGUCGGUAUGCGGCGGGUCUGCGCUGGGGUCAACGCCUACUGAGUGGGAAGAUUCGGCCACAAGAUGGUGCCGAGGAGGAGGAAGAGCGUGACAAGAAGCGCCAAAAGCUUGAAUACCCGACUUGUGCAGUGUGCCAAAUGGAUCUUCGUCGUCCGUUUGUGUGCUUGACGUGUGCGUACACGGCCUGCCUCUUCCAUGACCCUGUCCGCGAAGCCAUGCUCCCUAUUUCCAUGGGUGUCCAAAGUAAAGCAGACGGUGAUGAGGUGGGAACGUCACAUAUGGGCUUGCAUUUGGCCGAGGAGGCCCAUUCGUACGCGUGUGACAUUGUGAAUGGGACCGUGUUCUGCUCAGCAUGCGAUGACGUCGUAUAUGAUCCACGCCUCGAGUACGUUUUAGCGGAAGAACAGCAUCGAUCGCAUGUCGCUCGUCCCAACGAAGCAACUCUGGAUGCCGUCCAAGCACUCGAUGCAACAUCAACGCAGGGCGUUACGUUGCCUGGCAUUUGUCGUGUACCUCGAGGCUUGCGCAAUAUGGGUGCCACAUGUUUUCUGAAUGUGAUUCUUCAGGCGUUUUUGCACAACCCACUGCUACGUAAUUUCUUCCUAAGUGAUCGGCACAAUGCCUCACUGUGUGCGAUUGGCCGCGACUGCCUUGCGUGCGAGAUGGACAAGCUCUAUGCAGAGUUUUUCACCAAACCUUCCACGCAAGGACCGUAUGGGCCCACAUCAUUUUUGUACGCCAUCUGGGUCGAUUCGUCUUCGGCAGAACUGUCACAGUCCGGCCAGCAUGAUGCACACGAGAUGUUUAUCAGUGCCCUAAACGGCAUCCACAGUGCCCUCACAUCCCAUGCAUUAGAACGGGCUAAGCUCCCUGUAGCGCCAUGGGAUGACGAGCAUACAUUGGAGCAUCUCUAUGAGCAUGCUGAGCACCUGCCGUUGCAGGGCCCAGACGCCCCGCGACGAGCUAUGGACCACAGUGCCAUGUGUCCCUGUGUCGUCCACCGCACAUUUGGAGGCCGUCUGCAGAGCAGUAUAACGUGUCUCUCGUGCAAAAAGGUGACGUAUACACGUGAACCUUUCUUCGAUUUGAGCUUGGAAGUCGGCGCAUCAAGUCUGCGCGAGAUGGAAGAUACGAAGAAGAAAAAGGAUACGAAGAAGAAAAAUACACCUGUGCCUGACACGCUGUCUCAUACGCUCCAUGCAUGCCUCGCACGCUACUGCUCCCCAGAGCAUCUCGCGGAGUCGUCGUAUCGCUGCAGUCAUUGCCAGCAAAGUGCCAAGGCGAUCAAACAGCUAAGUCUUUUGCAGCUACCACCUGUGUUGUGCAUUCAGCUGAAACGCUAUGAACAUGGAGCAGGUGCCGUCAAGGUCGACACACGCAUUCGCUUCCCACAUAUGCUAGACGUGCGUGAGUGUUGCGUUGCCUCCCAUGAUGAGAAUGAAUCGAUGGAUCCGUUGGCAUAUGCGUACGAUCUGCUCACCGUCGUUGUGCAUGAAGGCUCACUCACGUCCGGGCACUAUACCAACUAUUCAAAAUGGCGCGGACAAUGGUACCGCUUUGACGACGAUAAAGUCACACGUGUGUCGUUACAACAAGUGCUGGAAGCUAGGGCAUAUCAGUUGUUUUAUCUACGGAAACGUCUGCGGAAUAAUCCCAGUCAUGGCAUUGAUAUAUGA